AUGGAAGGUGGAUCUUAUUUUCGAGGGACAGCGUCGGAUCAGGAUCCCUUCUUCAACAAGACUGGAGACCAGAAACUAAUGGCUAAAAUGAAGUUCCCUAAGAGCUUCGAGAAGUCAGUGGAUUUAAAUCGUAUUAACGUGGAUGUUCUACGUCCAUGGAUAACGGAUCGUAUCACUGAUAUCAUUGGUACAGAGGACGAGAUAGUCAUUGAUUAUGCUAUAGAACAGAUCACUGGUACUCCCGAUCAUACAGAGGUUGAUCCUAGGGAGAUGCAGUUGAGUUUAACGGGUUUUCUGCAGCGUGGUGCGGCACCAUUCUGUGAGGAGUUGUGGGAAAUGCUACUCAGUGCGCAAGAUUCCCCAGCGGGAGUACCUGCUCAACUAGUUGAUCGUAAGAAGAGGGAUAUGAUGAGGAAGAAGGAGGAAGCUGAGAAAGUGAAGCGAGAGAUUGAGCAAAGGAAGGCAGCAGCGGCAGCGGUAGUGGCAGCAGCAGCAGCUACGAAGAAGGAGGAAGAGGGCGAUGAGAGCGAAGCUGCAUAUUAUCCUCCUCCACCACCAGGGCCGCUGCUCAUCCCGACUGCUCCAGCAUUCGACACCAGAGGGAUCAGACUCGCCUGUGAGAAGAAGAAGGAGGAGACAGAGGUCUCAGGAUGA